AUGUUAGCCAUCCAGCUACCAGGGUCUGAUGUCUUAUAUGCACUUAACGCUCUAUUUGAGGAGCACCCAAAGGCAAGCAUUGGCAAUGACGGCCUCAUCAAGCUUCCCAUCGAGGAGUUGCCACUUCUCUUACAGCCAUUCUUUCCGAGAGUUGAGGACUUAUCGAGGGUCAUUGCGUUACUAGCUGAUUCCCACCGUGACCCCCAUACGAGAGUGUGUGCAUCGGAUUUUCUUGUGGCACUUGACCUCUUCUUAGAAUCUGCAUCGACUCGAAUAUAUGGCAAUUGCAACAUAACUCAUGAUCUAGAUGAUGAGACACCUUCGCGUGAGAAUGGAGCAUACACUAAAGUCUUGCGCCAUUGCGAAGAUCUUGAUCGCCGCUUGGAUGAUGUGGUAGUCCGGUUGGACGCAUUAGAUUUAGAAGACUUACCAGCCAUGGAGCGCCGAGUCGCUUAUGCCUGCAAAGAAAUUAGGACCUUAAAUCAUCAUCACACCAGGGUAGAAGCCGAAUUGUCGCAGACAUCAAGACAGGUUGUUGACGUCUCCCGGGAUCAACAUUUGCUUCAGACACGAUUGAAAAAUUUCAAGUCGUCGUUAUCGAACCUCCGCAAAAUGCAAGUCUCUCUUCCUACAGCCCAAACAGAUAGGGAGGUGGAAUCUGCUCAGGCUGGUGGUGUUCGUUUUCUGAGCCGAAAUCUCGCUAAUAGCUAUAAUGAUGCUCUGCCCAAAAAUCCUGACCCAUAUCCAACAUCGUGUACUCCGUGGGAUCAUCUGGAGCCCCUUCAGUGA